AUGAUGGGAUUCUCGGCGGUUGGCGUUCAAGCACUUGAGAAGGAUGAAAACAUCUUAUUGGGCGCUCCGGGAUAUCGAGACUUUUCGGGAUCUGUUAUAAGACAGUGGACUGACAAUCGAGAGGAACAGUUAGAGUUGGAAAAGUUGCUCGAAGUGGUCGAUUCCCGACUCCCGACAUUCAAUAGUUAUUUGGGUUAUGCGAUAACCACUGGCUUUUUCGAUGCAAACCUCGAGUAUGUAGUGAUUGGCGCUCCAAGACAUCGACAUUUUGAUGGAAAGGUUUUAAUACAUCCUUUGAGUGAUUUUUCCGAAAGGAAACGAAACAGAUUUCAGGGGUAUUUGAUUGAAGUGAACGGCAAACCAGAAGCAAAAGGCGAAUAUUUCGGGGCAUCUCUUUUGGCACUCGAUAUAAAUAACGAUAAAUUUGAUGAUCUUAUAGUCGGAGCUCCUCUUUAUUCCACUAAUAGAGAUCGAGAUAUCGGAAGGAUUUAUGUAUUUUUAAUGAAUGAUAAGGGAACAGAAUUCAUAAAAGAAGAAUUAAUUUCUGGUCAUAAAAGUGGUGGUCGUUUUGGUAGCGCAAUGGCUUCAAGUGAUAUCAAUCUCGACGGCUAUAGAGAUGCCAUUAUUGGCGCCCCAUAUGAGAGCAACAGUGAUGGAUCUAUGGGUGCGGUCUAUAUCUAUAUGGGUUCAGAAUUGGGAUUAAAUCUUAAAUUCCGGGAACCGGAAUUUCUGAUUGAUAUCAUAACAGCUAUUGAAGUGAAACUGUCUGUUCAGUUGCCAAACGAGUCAUCAGAUAUUUUUUGCAAAGACUGUGGUAUCGCUAAAACGAUUUCCAAAUAUAGCGGUCAACGGAUUGAGAGGAAUCUCAUUGAAGGACUUCACGACACGAUCGACAUUGAGAUCAGUGUUAUUAAUAGCGGCGAAGCCUCACUCAAUACAGAACCGGAAUUUCUGAUUGAUAUCAUAACAGCUAUUGAAGUGAAACUGUCUGUUCAGUUGCCAAACGAGUCAUCAGAUAUUUUUUGCAAAGACUGUGGUAUUGCUAAAAGUCAUUCAACAUUUGCUUAUAUAGACUUUGAACACGGCUGUCAAUCCGGCAAAUGUUUAUCUCGUCUAAGACUGACAGCGAUUUCCAAAUAUAGCGGUCAACGGAUUGAGAGGAAUCUCAUUGAAGGACUUCACGACACGAUCGACAUUGAGAUCAGUGUUAUUAAUAGCGGCGAAGCCUCACUCAAUACAGUCGUCGACAUCAAAAUGACACCAAUUUUAUUGGAUUUGACAAACAGUGCCGAAGCGGACAGAUGUAAACCAAUGACCAACACGUCGUCCUAUCGGUGCGAAGUCAGUCGUAUUCUCCAGAAGAAUAGCAAAGAGAAUUUGAAUCUACAUUUCAUUGUCGCCAGAAUUCCCACAAAUAAUAUUCAAAUUGAUUUCAAAGUCGAGAGCAGUAGUGAUAUCGAAAAGACCAGUAAAUUAACCGAUUCUAUGAAUUUUGAAAUCAUAAGGAAAGCGAGUUUAAUGAUUAUGAGUGAAGCGACAAAUAAUUUUUCGUUUUCAGAUAAGACGCCGAGAGUUUCAUUUCACGUUUCGUAUAGUUUAGUAAAAUCUGGUCCGAGUUCUAUAGACUCGGCAUUUAUUGAGUUACGCCUUCCGCACAACAUUAUAGUUCCCGACAGCAAUUGCGACAAAAACUCGGAUUAUUGUUCAAAAUAUUUGUGCCGUUUGCCUAAAUUCAAUUCCGGCGCUUAUUCACAGCCAUUCACUCUUUCAUUAUCGUUAAUCCCAUCGAGAAUUAAGGACAAGAAUUUUAACCAAAUUGUUUUCAAACUCAAUUCUGAGCUGAAAGUGGAGGACAAAGUGAAAUUUGAGACCCAAAUCACAUCAUUCACAUCAAUGAGCGUUUAUAUGGCCAGAGAUGUGCCCAUAAUUGACGAGAAAGUCGAGCCGUGGGUACUAUUCUUAAGCGCAGGAUUUGGUGUAUUUAUUUUGAUUAUAACUGUUAUUGUGUUGAUUAGAUACGGAUUCUUCAGACGAAAAAAAUUGGAAGAGAUUGAGAAAGUGAAGCAAAGGAUGUCAAUGAGACCAGACAUGUAUGACAUCAAUGUCUUGGAUUUGGACGACGAAGACUUGGACGAGACCUCCACUUCCAAUGACAAACAAAAGCACGAAAAGCCAUCAAAAUAA